CGUCGCAUCCGAAUCUUUGAAUAUCAUUAUUUUAUUUUUGUUUACCAUCGAAACUGUUAAGAAAUGGUGUUGGUGAAUAGAUCUAGAUCUAGAUUCAGGUCUACUAUUUUUAAAUGACCGCACAAGCCAUUGUAUGUAUGUGAUAUGAUGAACUAUGAAAGUAUCAAAAGUGAUUUAGGAUUAUCCGACAGAAGAAAAAUAGCAAAAAAACGAUGGCUGAUCCUUGCCAAGGUUUUAAAUGGAAGUAGCUGUGAAGAGACAGCAGAUAGUACAGUAUCUAUACGACGAUUUCAUUCUUUUGGCUUAAUGUCCCAAAAAAGUCUUACGAAUGAUUUAUGGGACACAGACAAAGAUUCAACUUGGUAUUUAUACACCUGCCAAGACAUUCCAGGUUUUUCUAUGCAUAUCAGACAUUUAAGUGGUGGAAUAACAGCAGAGAGAUUAAAUGGCUUUAAUAAUACAGGAAACGUCUGUGUGUGGCCAUCAGAAGAGGUCAUGACUUAUUAUUGUAUGCAACAUGUUCAAGACUUCAAAGGUUUAAGGAUAUGUGAACUUGGUGGAGGGAUGACCUGCUUGGCUGGUGUUGCUUUAGGAGUAUGUUCCGAGGCAGCACAUGUGGAGUUGACUGAUGGCAAUGAAGAAUCUAUCAAAAAUCUGCAAAGUAUUAUUAGUAAUAAUACAUUUGACAAUACAACCAUAAGCACAAGGCUUCUUCGUUGGGGAAGUGAAAAAGUAGAAAUUGAGUUACAAUCUUCAUUUGAUAUAGUGAUUUGUGCAGAUUGUUUGUUUUUUGAUGAGGGCAGAGUGGAUCUAGUUCAAAUGUUCUUUGACCUUUUAAAGCCAGGGGGUGAAGCUCUCAUAUUUGCACCAUCAAGAAAUAAAACAUUCCAUCAGUUUGCAGAGAUGGCUCAGGAAUUAUUUGAAGUCAAAAUAGAUCAAAAUUAUGAUUCAAGAGUUUUGGAUUUACAUUUUAAAAUGCUAAAAGAAAUGCCAGACAUCUACAAUGAAUCACUCCACUUUCCAAUGAUGAUGAGGCUUUCCAAACAGCAUACAGCUUCUUCAUCUCGUGAGGUCACACCGGAAUCAAGAUAAAAUAUCAAUGUACAAAAUCAUAAAUUGUUCAUUUCUUUAGUAGCUUCAAAGUGUAAUGCAUAAUUAGUUGUUUGUUUGAAUCCUUGAACUGAAAGUCAAAAUCUUUCAGACAAUAAUUGUGUUAAUUUAAAACAUGUCUAGAUUUGUAAUCCAUAGUUAGACUUAGACUAAUGGGUAUUAGUUUUUUUUUUAUCAUUCCAUUAAUUUUGCUGUGUUAUUUGUUUUACUACCUUACAUUUGUUGCCAGAAAUAUUCCAAGAAAAUAAUAACAGCACAAAAUAGUUUGCCAUUCAUUCAUGUUUCUACCAAGUGAAAUAACAAAAUAAAUAAUUUUUGUUUUUAAAUUUUA